AUGCGCGAUCCCACCAUCAACCCCAAGCUGACGCGGCUGCGGCGCGCCUGCGACAUGUGCAGCAUGCGCAAGGUCAAGUGCGACGACUCCAACAUGCCCUGUCGCCCGUGCCGCGAGCUGGGCGUCGACUGCACCUUCAACCGUGAGACCAAGCGGCGCGGGCCGCCCAACAAGCACGCCGAGGCUGCCAAAGCCGCCAAGCGGGCUCGCAUCGACCCGUCCGUCGUGCCUCCUGGCUUCCCCUCGUCGCCGUCGCCCCAGAACGCCGCCAAGACGCUCAUGACGAUAUCGACGGACAGCGUCUUGGAUGCCGAGGCUAUUGCGCCAAUGCCCGUGCUGGAGCUCCUGGUGGAUGACUUCUUCACGUACAUUCACCCGCUCGCCCCCUUCCCCCACGAGCCCACAUUCCGACACUCGUUUGCGAACCGGGAGGAUCGCCUGAAGCCCGAGUUCUUGGGGCUGCUGGCUAGCAUGAUUGCCGCCCUGGUCGCAUCGUUUCCGCGAAGCGCGAGAGAGCAUCUCAAGGCCCAGCACAGCACGCACCUGUUUCCCAAGGCCAUAGUCAUGAUUGAAAAAUGUCGUGACAUUGCCCUUCUCACGCGGGGAAGUCGAUGGGUUCUGAAGCAGCCAAAGACGCUCGACGAUGCUGCGACCAGCUACUUCCUUGGAUUGGCAUCUGGCUAUACUUCCCAAUGGAAUGCGUCUCGCCACUUCAUGGCCGAAACGCUGACUCUCCUGAGAGAGCUCGGCUUCAGCAGGCCCAAACACCCUGGCGAGCUGCCCACCUUUGGGAGUGACAGCUUUGCCCCCGACUCGAUGCCUUUCAACCACGUUAAGGACCAGAUUGGCAAGCGCAUCUUUUGGUGUCUUUUGCUAGGUGUUCGCUCGUUUUCGCAGCUGGGAGCAUCGCAUACCGACAUUGUCAUCGCCCCGUCUACACCCAGUCUUCCUUACCCUGCAUACCCCGAAAACGUGGAUGACAUUUGCGUUCUUGCAAACGAGAUCAUCCACCCGGCGGAGGGCAGCGUGACGCUUCUCACGGGCUUCCGGUUCGCCAUUGACAUCUACACAACCAUGAACGGCGUCGUCAGCCUGGAGCUCGCGUACGGCAUGAGCACCCUCCCAUGGGCAGACCAAAGGCUGCUGCUCAGAGAUGGUCUCUUGGCUGCCAAGAGCAUCAUCGAUAACCUCCCCCCAGAGCUCCAGCUGGGGAACACUGGGGGUGAAACAGACCCUUUGGCCGGCAUGGAAGACGCCGGCCUGCAGUACGUCCCGCCAGUGUGGCCCAACACGCAGCCGCCACACGACGUACGCAACAUCAUCAAGACGCAGCCUACAAGACGUCGACAGCUGCAGUACGAGAUUCAAAAGGCCAACAUUUUCGUAUCGCAGCUGGCUACGAGGUCGUAUUUCGUGGAGCUGUAUUUCAACCUGAGAGAUGUUCACCUUAGUGAGCAGCAGCAGACUCUCGAAGUUGAAGGGACGAGUGACGAGGAUAAGGCCCUUCAGGAUGCGGACGACAAGGAGAUUUUCGAGUUCAUGUCUGCCGAGCGGGAAAUUAUCGUGCAAAACCUCCUUACCGUGCUGGGUUCCAUCUCACAGCGAAAUCUCGAGCCGAAUGGCGGAUCUCUCAUCAACAAGAUUCGCCAGGUUGCGUCCACGCUGCUCAACGAUGCCCCCGAGAGAAAAGGACCGUUUGCCAUCAAGUCAGAAGAGGCUCUGUCGCAGCUUCUCGAGGUGCUUAUGAAGCUAGAGAAGACAGGCCCCGUACCCGUGGGAGAGACCCGCGCGCCAGAUCCGCUCCAGAUGACGGCGGAAGACGAAGAGGAAGAGCUGCGUCACUGGGCUGACUUGAGGGAUUAUCAGCUGCGUUAUGCUGCAAAUGCAGGUUUUGCAGGAGAACUGUAG